AUGGAGGCGUUCGAGCGCGAGCGAGACUGCAAUUACUCCAUGCAGCUGCAGAUCAUCGAGAUAUAUAACGAACAGAUCACGGACCUGAUGAGCGCGGACGCCAGGGGGCGCCGACAGCUCGUGAUUCGCGACGGCAGCGACGGGGCGGGCCCGGAGGUCGCGGGAGCUGUCAAGCGGGCAGUGCAGUCAGCCUCUCAGACGUGCGCCGUCAUCACCGAGUGCAUGUCGCGGCGGACGAUCGGCCGCACCGACAUGAACUGCCUCUCAUCACGAUCACACCUGGUCAUCACGUUCUUCGUGCGGUGCGAGCCUGGCACGGCCGACGCCACGUCGGCCUCGGUGACACGCCUGCACAUCUGCGACCUGGCAGGGAGCGAGAGACAGCCAAAGACCGGCGCGCAGGGCCAGCGGCUUCGGGAGGGCUGCCAAAUCAACCAGAGCCUGUCCACGCUCUCGAGCUGCAUCAGCGCCCUCGCGGACAAGAGCCGCCACGUGCCGUACCGCGACUCCAAGCUCACGCGCCUCCUGUCCGACUCCCUGGGCGGCUCCGCGCUGCUCCUGCUCCUCCUCACGGUCAGCCCAGCGCCCGAACACGCGAACGAGACCCUGCAGACCCUGCGCUUCGGCGCGAGGGCUAUUGGCGGACUGCAGGGGACAGUUGCGCCCGUGAGGAGGGAACGCGAGCCAGACAGCGCGCAGCUAGCAGCCCUACAGGAGCGGUGCUGGGUGGCCGAGGCGAGCCUGGCGCGCCUUCAGGCUGCGGUGACUCCCGUGCACCAACGCGGAAAGCACGCCGACUGGGCCACAGGCACGGCGUUGGCCAGCUCGUGCGUCGCGCUGCUGCUGUACGUGGUGGUCGAGGUGGUGUGGGCCCACGUGGGCUGGCGCCUGACUGAUGGGCACGGUGCCGAGGAGCAGGCUGCGCGCUCGGCGGCAGGCGGGUUCGGCGCGGUCUGA